AACUUCCUACAACUUCAUCGACUAACCACUUACUUUGCAAUAACAGAUAUGUUGAAUUCCUCCAACGGCACUUCAAACUCAAACGGGGAUAACAACAGUGGAAAGAAUGUAAUUAUUUCAAUAACAUCAAUUAUAGUUGGUGGCAUUGUGAUUAUAGUUGUUGCAUAUCUAAUGAUAAAGUGCAUUCAGAAGAUCAAAAUGCAGAAAAUUAAAAUGUAUUUUCGAUCCUCAAGAGUUCUAUCCGAUGAAUCGUUCGAAUCAACAAGUAACGCAGACGAAAGAACAGAGUAUAUUUCAAUAACUACAAAUUCGAUCCCCAAACACGUAACCAUUGAGAGAUUUCUUGAUGACAUCCAGAAGGAGAAACCAAUAAGAUUAACUCCACACGACCUCAACGAAUUCACUAGUAACUUCGCCGUGAAAUUGGGUUCUGGCGGAUUUGGAGUGGCGUAUAAAGGCCAGUUUCCAAAUGGCAUUCAUAUUGCAGUGAAGGUCCUGCACAAAACUCUAGAUAAGAAAGCUGAGGAGCAAUUCAUGGCAGAAAUAGGCACAAUAGUAAAGACUAAUCACAUUAAUCUGGUCAGGCUAUAUGGGUUCUGCUACGAUGCUGAAGUAAAAGCGCUUGUGUACGAGUAUAUGGAAAACGGCUCGCUCGAUAGUUAUUUGUUUGACACAAAGCAUAGACUUGAAUGGUCAAAACUGUACGAGAUCGUCGUUGGAACGGCGAAGGGAAUACGCUAUCUUCAUGAAGAGUGCCAGCAAAGGAUAAUACACUAUGACAUAAAGCCUGGAAAUGUUCUUCUAGACUCAAACUUUGUGGCGAAAGUAUCAGAUUUUGGACUAGCGAAGCUCUGCAGUAGAGAUGCAACUCAUGUUACUAACACGGGAGGAAGAGGGACUCCCGGUUACGCAGCGCCGGAGAUGUGGCUGCCAUUGCCGGUGACGCACAAAUGCGAUGUCUAUAGCUAUGGAAUGUUGUUGUUUGAAAUACUGGGGGGAAGGAGGAACCUAGAAUUGAACGCCAGUGAGAGCCAAGAGUGGCUACCAAGAUGGAUAUGGGAGAUGUAUGAGAAAGGGAAGCUGAGCAGAAUAAAGUUGAGUUGCAUAAUCGAGAUGAUUCAAAUGGAGAAAAUCGAAAGAAUGUGUAAAGUUGCGCUCUGGUGCAUUCAGUAUAAGGCUGAGGCAAGGCCUUCGAUGAGUAAUGUGGUGAGGAUGUUAGAAGGGCAAGAGGAAAUCAUGGCGCCUCCGAACCCAUUUCAGUACUUUGCUUCACAUGAAGCAACUUCAGGUGUAGAUACAGAAACUAGUUCGUCUGGUUCAGUGUCCAGUGCUUCCAUGUGAAAGAUGUACAUGCAUACCACUCAAUUCCAGUGUAUUUACAUAUCUAAUACCUAAACCUCAGUUUUUGCAUGCAUGCCACUUAACCUAUGCAUGAAAAGAUGUAUUUCACUUUUUGAAAGUAAA